AUGGACACGGAAAACAUCGAAGAAGUAUAUGUGAAACAGGAAAUAGAAAGCACCGAAACAGAAAUUCAAGAAUUCCAAGAACUCGAACCACUUAAUUCGUUUUUGGAAAUUGAACUGAGCACCCCAUCACCAUCAGGAGGUGUAUUUGAAGCUUCCUUCAUUAAAACCGAAAACAAAAUUCUCAAAUACAAAUGUCCAAUAUGCAAGAGAAACUUCAAAAGUAAGAAAAAAGUUGAAAGUCACGUUGCUUCUCAUAUCACAGUGCAUACGAAUGAAGAGUUCAAAUGCCUGGAAUGUAAUUGGUUCAGUGGAAAUUUUACAGAAUUCCAAUCACAUCUUGAAACCCACAAGAAAGUUAGAGGUCGACCCAAGAAAACUAAAACUAAAACCAAUGAUGAAAUUAAACAGUUCAUUUGUGAAAUUUGUGCCAAAGGUUUCAAGACAAAACAGCAACUACAUACACACUCUUUUGUCCACCAAGAUUUAAAACCAUUCGAUUGUGUUAUAUGUGCGAAGUCGUUCAAGCUGAAACAACAACUUCAAAUUCAUUCUAAAGUCCAUGAAGACAUAAAACCCUUUAUCUGUGAAAUUUGCCAUAAGGGAUUCAAAUUGAAGCAACAGUUGGACAACCAUUCAAAAACUCAUUCUGAUGUAAGACCUUUUCCAUGCUUGUAUUGUGAGAAGGCCUUUAAAUUCAAACAACAAUUGCAAAUUCACUACCUGGUCCAUAAUGAUUUGAGGCCCUUUGAAUGUGAGUUUUGUGGCAAAGCUUUCAAACUCAAACAACAAUUACAAUUCCAUUCUAAAGUUCAUAGUGACGAAAGACCUUUUGAAUGUGAAGUUUGCAGGAAAGGAUUCAAACUGAAACAACAACUUCAUAUUCAUUCCAAAGUACAUACCAAAAAACUUAAAAAGCUUGUCGAUGUAUUUUUCCAAGGUGGAGUUUUUGUCAAUACUAGUGAAAAUAUGAAAGACACUAAUGUUUCUAGCGAUUCUAAUAGUAGAGACUCCACAAAUAAUUGUGACAGUAACCCCAGCGGUGAUAAUUCAUUAAGGGUUAUUUGCAGUGGUUCUCAAACUUGUGACUCUACUUAUAAACUUGAAGAUUAA